AUGUCUGCACAAUCAUCAGCGAUGUCUUCUUCAAAUAUUACGUCCAAAGACGCCGGCUCGAUAGGUAACGGCGUAUCCUCCACCGGAGGGCCAGCCGCCUCCGGGAGCCAACAGACAGAAUGGGGCCGUCGAACCAAUGGCAUUUCGUUAUCGAACACACCCAUCAACAACUCCACAUCUAAUCAAUCUGGCCCUCGACGUCCCUCCCUAUCUACGACCCUCACUCACCAUCCUAGAGAGUACCCUUCAUCCAUAUCAUUACCAGGAAAUGUCUCUGGAACCGCUACACCGUCAUCGGUUGCAUACCAACCUCCCCAUUCUGUAGGCAGGGAUGCCUCGAAUCCUUAUAAAUAUUCAAAAGAGUACAUGUUAGGCAAAUUCGAGGGCCUCGAGCUGACUGGAGCGCUUUCCGAUAUCAACAAGGUCAACAAGCUUUUGUUAGGGGAAAGCGAAAAGGAGGGUUUGUUUGGGGGCGGGUCCAAAGAACGUAGUGGGAACGGUACUGAGGCCUGUUGGGAUUCAUCUGGCCAGCAGCGGCCUGUUUCUUUUGAGGCCAUGACAUCCGAGGAGAAGGAACUUUUCCAAAGUGUAAAUUCUAUUCAAAAACCCCAUCAGACACCAAAUACACCUGGUGGCCCCAACAGCACUUCAAUUCCUCCUGGGCAGGUCAAUCAACCGCGCAUGUCAACGUCAUCAACCAAUUUGAACAGCAAUUUCCAUAAGUCAAGCAUUUCUGUCUCUUCUACUGGAACAACAGCACCCCCUGGAACUGCUUCUCCGACUACUCGGAAUCGCCCUCGACGUGAUACUGGAGACGCUAAUCCUUUGGCCCGUCGAAGAACUGACCGAGAUGAUUCUGGGAAUCCCUUUGACAGGUUCAGUGGCCGGCCACCCUUCACUCAGCCAGGUGAUGAUGCACGCGAUACCGAGGACUCUGGACCCAGCCGUGGCGUUUUUAAGCGACAGGCAAGUGGCGGACCUUGGGGUGUUUCUAGCCCAAUUACUCCGGGGGGUUCAGCGUUUGGGGCCUUUUCCAACGGUGCAUUUGGUGGUGUUGGUGGCAGUAGUUUUGUCCUCAACUCAGGAGUUCCAGCUGCAAAAACCGAAGGGGAUAGAAAGUUUGGUAGUCUCGGAAAAUCCGCCGGAAGGAGCCUUGUCGGCGAUCGAGUUGAAGAGGAAAGCGAAGAGACUGACGACAUCUCUAAAGGCCACGCUAAAGAUACUGAAAUUCGGUCAUCCUUGCAAGAACUUGCAAGGGAAUCCGAGGCUGAGCCUGAAUUUGGGCGUGAUGGAUAUGGCCGUCGUUCCGAUAGCACAGACACGGACCCUUACAAUCCCCGAAAAUCGCUCCAGCCUGGUGACCUUGAUAUUGAAAACCCUUUAGAUGACGGAAUUCGCAAUCCUCACAGCCAAUUAGUACAGGACUCCUAUUUCAACGAAGCUGCUGUCGGAGCUAUCGGACGCAAUAUGAUGAGCUCCCCAACAAGAAACAUUGGCAGUGCUUUCAAUGCCUUUGGAAGUAGUGUUGCUAGUCCUUCAUCAUCACGACAAGGCCAGCAUACCCCACUGUCGGGAUUUCACCAUAUACAGACUCAAAUGGGCGGCCCUGGCUCUGGAUCCCAAGAACCGGAAAAUCCAUCCCCGUCUUCAACUAACCCUUACCAGAGCCCUAUCCCGGAGACUGAGGAGGGUGGUGGUGAGGAGGGUAGCGGCCUCAGAAAUUUCAGACCUCCUGGUGGAAGUGACCGAAGCCAGACAUCAAGCGCGGGUAUUCUUGGUACUGGCGCUGGUAUGCCUGGCUUCGGGGGUCUAGGUGGAGGUUUCAAUAAUGCACUUGGAAACCCCGGGCUCUGGUCUAACCCAGGACCUUCUGGCGCUCUUGGGACUGGAACUCCUCAGAAUACGGGACCUGCAGGCUUCUUUGGCCCUUCAGGGGACUCCUCCGGUGUUGGAACCCCGGGUGGAACAUCUGGAGUCUUCGGGGCCACUAGAGCUAGUCGACUCGGUGCACUGUUCCCUGCUGAGCAACAGCAGCAGCUAAUCCAAGAACAACAGCGCCAACAAAGCCGUAAUAUAUAUGACGAAGACAGCGCCUUUGACCCGACCGAACCUUUCCGCGGUUUGAGUAUGGCUGAUCGGCCGAAGACUGAAAACAGGAAUUCCGCUGAUAGUAUGUUUGGUGGUCCUCCACGGGUUGACAAUGCAUAUUUUGGCGAGGCCGAAGGUCAAGCCCCCGGUCAACAGAUCCAAAAUAAAGCCUCAUUUCCGGCUCUAUCCCAUUCCAACUCGGUAUCCUCUUUGCAACAAUUCGGCAGCGCCCCUACCCCAGGCGCGGCUCCAGGGAGUUCAACUCAACCAGGUUCUCAGCGCAAUUCGGGCGGUCACAUUAUGAUAAUGCCUGAUAAGAUCACCUGGGUGUAUAAGGAUCCUACCAAUAAAAUUCAAGGUCCGUUCUCGGGUCUUGAGAUGCAUGAUUGGUAUAAGGCUGGUUUCUUCCAGCCUGAUCUUCUCAUUAGACGCCAAGAAGAGACUGAGUUUGAACUCCUUGGCCACUUCAUACGCCGCGUAGGCAAUUCUCGGGAGCCUUUUCUUAUUCCGAUGCAGGGACCUGCUUUUCCUCCCGGAGCUGGGUGGACUGCACCGAAUCCUUGGGGACAGAACACAAUCGAUGCAGCUAAUGGAAUCGUGCAACCUCCGUUCCCUGGCGCAUUCCCUACUUUUGGCACAACCUUGACAGCGGAACAACAAAACGCUCUUGAGCGACGCAAGCAAGAGGAGCAGUACCUCAUGGCCCGUCAGCGCGAAUAUCUUGUACAGCAGCAGGUAAUCGCUAAGCAAGUUGCCGCUGCCCAGCACAUGACCAGGAUGAGCCAGGAGUCCUUGCAACAUCAUCCCUCUCAGGCAAGCCUUCACAGUCAGCCCAGCCUGACAAAUAUCCAAAGCCCCAGUACUUUCCCACCCCAAACCGGGCCUUUCAGCGAAUUAAGGCACACAACCUCGAAUCCAUCUAUUGAUGGGUUCACUAACGGACCCAGGGAGGAAUUUGCAGGAUUCCCUCAAGGGUAUAAUGCACCUGCGUCGCAACCACAACAGACGAGCAGAGAGCAAGCACAGAUACUUGAGCGGCAGAGAGCUCAAAUGGCCAGGCAAUACCAAGGCCAGCAUCAAGUGCUAGAAAGACAACAGCAGCAGAGAACACAGCUAUUUCAGCAAGCUAUAGUGCAGCCACCAAGAGAGCAGCAGCAGCACGGAAAUCAGGGUCCAGUCCAAGGACAGCAAGCCGGAGGCCUAGGCGCUAUGUCCUCUUAUCAGGUAGCCGCCGGCGAUGAUGCUAUAGAUAUCACGCAAGAUGUAGGUUUUGACAACGAUGCUAGGUCCGAUAUGACCGGUACGGCCCUCGCCGAUGAAUACGAACUCUUCCAAAAGCAACACCAACUGCAAAUCCAACAGCACGAUGAGGAUUUGCUCAAUCAGCAUUACGACCAAGGACAAUCUUUUUUUCCCGGAGACAUUGAUUACACCGCAAUCCCUCCGCACAACAUACCCCUCAAUAACGAAAUUAAUGAGAUAACUGCUCCCUCAAUCACUUCCAUCUCCGCUGGCCCGGGACCUCAAUUAGAACCAGGUACCUAUACUGACGAAGCGAAUGCAAAUGAAGCCAGUAUUGGCGAUGAAUCUUUUAUUACUCAUGAUGAUGACCAAAUGCACAUUUCCGACCCUCAAGAACUAUCUCCUCUCCUCUCCUCUAUUAGCCCUGAACCCCCGAAGAACCCAUGGGGCAUUGUUCCUCCAUCUGGCAUGCCUCUACCAUUCCCCGCUCCCAAAUCUGUCGCUUCCCCACGUCCCUCUACAGCUCAAUCAGUGGCCAAAUCCCCCGCCGUCAGUACCGCAGAGCUUCAAACUAUUCCUAUCGCCCCAUGGGCUAAGGAUCCCGAAGCUUCCCCGCACCAGAAGGGACCAUCCCUCAAGGAGAUCCAGGAAAACCAGGCCAAGCAGGUUGCUAAGGCUGAGGCAGCAGCUCAGGAAGCUCGCCGUCAAGAACAGGCUCAGCAAGCUGCGCUUGCCGCUGCGAGUGCCCCCGCUCCUCCGACUUCAGGUCUCCCAUCCACAUCGACAUGGGCUGCCCCUACACCAUCACCAGUAGCCACCACUAGUGUCUGGGCUAAACCGCUGGCCAAGGCUUCCACCACACCUUCAAAACAGAAAACCCUCACACAAAUCCAAAAGGAAGAGGAAGCACGUAAGCACAAAGCUGUCACAAACUCUCCUUCAACUACUACACCUGCCCCAGCAGUCGCACCAGCGGCAACGCCAACUCGCCGCUCUGAAUGGGCUUCCAAAGCGGCAGCAGCUCCAUCAAAUCCCGUUGCUCCAACCACUAACACAGUUGGUGGAGCUUGGACGACCGUUGGUGCUGGCGGGAAGAAACUCGGCGGUGCAACAACCAUUUCGAGUCCGACCCCUGCUCAGGCAAGGAUCAUAACAAGUGCUCCAACCCCAAAGAUCGUUAAGAAACCGACUACAGUCCAGCUAGCUGCUGCUACCCCACAAAAGACCGCCAACGAUGAGUUUAUGAAAUGGUGCAAGAUCAAUCUGAAAGGGUUGAAUUCGGGGGUUAAUGUGGACGAAUUUGUUACAAUGAUUAUGUCAUUCCCCCCUGAGAUCGACCUGAUUAGUGAUAGUGUGUACCAGCAGUCGACGACGAUUGACGGCCGUAGGUUCGCCGAAGAGUUUAUCCGACGUCGCAAGUUGGCGCAGCAAGGAGUUGUUGUGGAUCAUGGGCAUCACAGCGAUGAAAACAAGACCGGCGGUGGGUGGAGCGAAGUCGCGAAGAAGAGCAGGGAGCCCCCUACGAAUAAUAGCUCUUCUGCGGCUGCGGCAGAUAGCGGAUUGGGUAACGGGAGCUUCAAAGUUGUCCAGGGGAAGAAGAAGAGGAGGUAG